GAGUUAAUUAAUUAAUUAAAGACGAUCGAGAGUGAAAACAACGAUAUCAUCUCGUUUGCCAUGGAAGCUCUCAAAGCUUCCGCUUUUCCUCCGCGACACCGCUCAUUCUUCUCCCCAAUAGCUGCUGCUCCCUGUCCCACCUCCCCCCGUUUACCGAUCCCCGUUUGGCUUUUGCACACUCCAUCAAUCAAACACCGCCGAUCCACCACGCCCCUCCCAUUCCCCGCAAUCCGUCGCAAUAGAAGGAGCUUCAAGAUUUGCACCGCCGUUACUCCCACUGCCCCGUCGACCCAAGAGUCCUUCUCACCCGAAAGCGAGGGUGAGAAGUUUGAUUGGUAUGCACAGUGGUACCCUGUUGUGCCGAUAUGCGACCUGGACAAGAGGAGGCCGCACGCUAAAACCGUGCUGGGAUUGGAUAUAGUGAUUUGGUACGACAGGAAUGAGGAUGCGUGGAAGGUGUUCGACGACAGUUGCCCUCACCGAUUGGCUCCACUAUCUGAGGGGAGGAUUGAUCAGUGGGGCAGAUUGCAGUGUGUUUACCACGGGUGGUGCUUCGGCGGCUCCGGUGACUGCAAAUUUAUUCCUCAAGCCCCUCGGGAUGGCCCUCCGAUUCACACUUCCAAGAAAGCGUGCGUAGCUGUUUACCCAAGCUGUGUUCAAAAUGGCAUCCUUUGGUUCUGGCCAAAUUCUGAUCCACAGCACCAAGACAUACUAUCUAGGAAGAGGCCUCACUACAUUCCUGAACUGGAUGAUCCAUCAUACACGGAUUUGAUGAUCUGCAGAGACAUCCCAUAUGGGUAUGAAGUUCUUAUUGAGAAUCUUAUGGAUCCUGCCCACGUUCCAUAUGCACAUUAUGGCAUCAUGAGAAUGGCAAAAGUGCCUGAGAGUUUGAAGGCCGAUAGAGAAGGGGGCAGACCUAUGGAAAUAAGCAUUCAGAAACUAGAUGUAAAUGGAUUUACUGCAAAGCAAGUUUUUGGGGAAAACUAUUUUAUCCCACCUUGUCUUUACUAUGGAUUUUUCAGUCCAGGAGGGAAUCAAAACAUGAACAAAACUUCUGCUGCUGGAACCAAGAAAGAUUUAGUUCCAAGUGUUCCCUCCCAGAAAAGAGCUCUUCUAAUUUUCUAUUGCGUGCCUGUCAGUCCGGGAAAUAGUAGAGUGAUCUUUGCGUCUCCUAGAAAUUUUGCUGUUUGGGUAGAAAGAAUUUUCCCACGUUGGAUAUUUCAUAUUGGACAAAACUUAAUCCUAGAUUCAGAUCUCUAUCUUCUUCAUGUUGAGGAGCGUAAGCUGAUGGAGGUUGGGUCUAUCAAUUGGCAUAAAUCUUGCUAUGUUCCAACCAAGGCAGACGCCCUUGUGGUGGCCUUCAGGAGGUGGCUAAACAAGUAUGGGGGCACUCAAGUCGAUUGGCGGAAUAAAUUCAGUGGAGUGUUGCCACCCACCCCUCCUCGAGAACAGCUCUUUGACAGGUUCUGGUCUCAUACUGUGAAGUGUAGAAGCUGCGAUGCUGCAUAUAAAAGUCUGAGCGUAAUGGAGCAUGUACUGCAGGUUGCCUCCAUUGGUUUGAUCGUAAUAGUUGCAGCGGCCAAGCAGGGUUCUGUGUCGGUAGCUGCGAGAUAUGGGUUGGGUUUUGGGGCUGUGUUAUGCCUGGUGGCGUCGAAGUGGCUGUCGCAUUUUGUGUACAAAACUUUCCGAUACCACGACUACGACCAUGCCUUCCGGUGAAUGCCAUGGAGAAGAUGGAAUGCACAUGAUGUUGUUUAUGUUCGGACUAUUAUUGUGUUAUAUCGAUGGAUUGUUACAACAACAAUAUGUGUUUUUUUUUUUUUUUUCUUAUAACAUGAGAACCCGCAGCUGCUAUCGAAAAUGCGCACCGGGUAAAUCUUCAAUCGAACUUAAUACCCUACAAAUUAGGCCCGACAAGUCACAUUAGACGAAUCAUGUGUGGCAGGUUACAUGCACCAUCGGGAUUAUUCCAUGACCUCACGUGACAACUGUUGUAACCAAGUGAUAACAAAUAAUUUUACUUCAGAUGAUCUUAUUGAAGAA